UUCGUUCAGGAUAUAUAAAUGGAAAUUAACACAAACGAGGAAACCUGUCGUUUACCAUCGCCACGAAAAAGAGGAUUUUCGUGUUGGGAAAAGGAAAUAAAAGAACCAUUGAAGGAUUCUUGGACUAAAUUUUUGGUAUAAAAAAAAAAGAAUUUAAUUGAAACUAGGUGGAAUUGUUCUAUUCGACUUUAAUCUUUCGUUUUAUUCUUAUAAUUUUCGUUGAAUACGCAGAAAAUUUCAUUACAACUUUUUAGAAUAACAAAAUGAUUUCUGAAAGUAAAGGAUCUUUCCAAGUCAAGGCAGGACUUGCUCAAAUGUUGAAGGGGGGUGUUAUUAUGGACGUUGUUAACCCCGAACAAGCUCGCAUUGCUGAAGCUGCUGGUGCUUGUGCCGUUAUGGCUUUGGAACGUGUUCCCGCUGACAUCCGUGUUGAAGGUGGCGUUGCCCGUAUGUCUGAUCCCUCCAUGAUCAAGGAAAUUCAAGCCGCUGUUUCUAUCCCUGUCAUGGCAAAGGUUCGUAUUGGCCAUUUCGUUGAGGCUCAAAUUCUCGAGAGCAUUGGCAUCGAUUAUAUCGAUGAAUCCGAAGUCUUGACUCCCGCUGAUGAUGUUCACCACGUUGACAAGUCAAACUUCACUGUCCCAUUCGUUUGCGGUAGCCGCAACUUGGGAGAGGCUCUUCGCCGUAUCUCCGAAGGUGCUGCUAUGAUCCGUACCAAGGGUGAAGCUGGUACUGGUGAUGUUGUUGAAGCCGUCCGUCAUACCCGUCAAAUGCAAGGUGAUCUCCGUCGCGUCAAAGCCAUGGCCCCUGAAGAGCUCUAUACAUUUGCCAAGGAGAUCGGUGCCCCUAUUGAUCUUGUUCGUGAAUGCGCUCGAUUGGGUCGUUUGCCCGUUGUCAACUUCGCUGCCGGUGGUGUUGCCACUCCUGCCGAUGCUGCCAUGAUGAUGCAGCUUGGCUGUGAUGGUGUCUUUGUUGGUUCUGGUAUCUUCUUGUCUGGUGACCCAGCUAAGCGUGCUCGUGCCAUUGUUCGCGCUGUUACCCAUUAUAAUGAUCCUAAGAUUUUGGCUGAAGUUAGCCAAAACCUUGGUACCGCCAUGGUUGGUAGAAGUGUUCUUUCUUUGGAGGAGAAGGAAAAGCUUGCUACUCGUGGUUGGUAAACAGUAAAUCUCUUUGCUUCUAUUGUAUUAUAAUUAGACAUCUACCGGUACUUAUAAUUCUAAUUUCAUAAUCUUCUUUUUGGUCUGUUUCUCUUUUUUGUUCCAAAAUAGUCUUAAUAUCCCAUAGAAAUGCAAAGUUUUAAUUGAUUUUUCGUUGCCCUUCUGCGCAUUACAAAAUUAUUGCUUGCCUGUACUUGUCG